UAAAAAAUAGUCGAUUAAUUGCGUGCAUGAUCUUACUACGAUGGAUGGGCUUAUCCUUUGUAUCAAUGUGCUACUGGAUGAACCCGCACGGAACCCCUUUCCUUCACAUGGUAAUACCCCAGAAAAACUUUCCCAGCAUUGGCACUCAGAUGCAUAUAGAUGGCAUUGGCAUUUGUGGUGUUGCCCCCCAACUAUGGCUCCCACAGAUUCUUCAGUCGUCACACAAACGAUUCCUUCCCUGCUGAUGGUUUCCGUAGGCGUUCAAGUACCACUGCAUCUCAAACACAAAAACUCAGGUUAAUACAAGUGGGCUACAGCCCAAACAACAUGAAUCAACACAUCAAAACUUUAUGCAGUGAGCAGCGGCUGGAGGAAGCGGUUUCAAUUUUGCAGACAAUGGAGCAGCAAGACAUUCCAGUUGAGUCGAGCUCGUAUGCUCGUCUGUUACAGACCUGUGCGGACCUUCAAGCCCUGGAACAAGGUAAACAAAUUCACACCUACAUUGUCUUAAAUGGUCUGACUGAAAAUGUUUAUUUGGGUAGCAAGCUCUUAAACAUGUACGUCAUGUGCGGCAGUCUGGUGGAGGCCAGGCUGCUCUUUGAUCAAAUUCCAAAACGCACUCGUUUCUUCUGGAACAUGAUGACUAGAGCCUAUUCUAUGAGUGGCCUUUAUAACGAGGCUCUUCUACUGUAUGACAAAAUGCUAUUGGCUAAUGUGCAACCUAAUCGUUUCACUUACCCCUUUGUUCUCAAAGCCUGCGCUUACACCAAGUCUAUUGAUUUGGGUAGGGAGAUCCACGAAUAUGCAGUCGAUGUUGGGUUAGAUUCAGAUGUCUUUGUGGGGAGUGCCCUUGUUGAUAUGUAUGUUAAAUGUGGUUUUCUUGAGGAUGCACGCGAUGUGUUUGACAAAAUGCCUGAACCCAAUGUUGCCGCAUGGAAUGCUAUAAUUACAGGAUAUGCUCAGAGUGGAUAUGGAGAAGAGGCCUUGAGUCUCCUCCGGGAAAUGCAAAUGAUGCCGGAGAAACCCGACUUGGACACCAUCGUCAGUGCUCUGUCGGCAUGUGCUACUUUGCAACAGGGAAAAGAGAUUCAUGGUUUUAUUAUAAAAAGCGGAUAUGAUUCUCAAGACACAGUUGUUACUUCGCUUGCUUCCAUGUAUUGUAAAUGCGGGAGUGUUGGGGAUACCCCUCUAAAAUUAGACGAAAGGCCACCACGAAAUGUAACUGCAUAGAAGGCAACGAGUUCAGCUUAUGUGCGGAAUGAGAGGUUUGAUGAAGCUUUGAUAAUGUUGCAUCAGAAUGAAGCUGGCAUGUCUGAAAGCCAAUACAAUCACCCGGAUAAGCAUUCAUUCAGCAUGUAGCACUUCAAGAGCUAUGCCGCGUGGCUCAAAAUUUAGUGGGUGAGAUGAUUUUCUGCAGAAUGCCAUUGUAGCAUUGUAGACGAAAUAUGGGAGUUUAGAGAAUUCAUAACUAGUGUUUGACAGAAUGGAAAAAAAAGGGUUUACUUUCACUUUAUGCAAUGAUUGCAAGUUAUGUCCAGACUGAGAGUUUUGCUGAAGCUUUGAAACUCUACCAUGGAUUGCAAUUAACUGCAUCAAACUUGAUGAUGUAGCUUCUAGUAGUCUUCUGCGACAGCAAGGUUUUAAGCCAGACUAAAUCGUAUUCGUUGAAUAUUCUGUGUAUGAAUCGAUGCAACCCAUUGUAGAUAAAGUUUUCCACUAUCUUGAUUUACGAGCAGAGUAUCACAUACUGCAAUGCAGUGAGUACUCUGUGUCAUGUAUGGUAGGCAUUCUUUUCCGUUCUAGACAUCUAAAGUAGCAUAUUACUUAAUCAAAUAGAUGGCAUUAAAAUCUGAUACUGC